UGGCUGGUCUACCGCGUUGGAGUCGUUGCCAUAGUGACGCUCCAGCAGGUGUUCUGUUGUGGCCUGUGUUACGCCGUCCUAAUUCUUGAGAAACUUUUAUACCCUCUUACAAAUGUUUCGUGGGGACCAAAAACCAAGAAACUGAAUGUGAGAGUCUAAAUGCGUGAAAAUGUGAGCAAUGUGGAUUGCCAGAACUUUCGUUUGGGUGCACCACUCCAAGGUCAACCAGUCUUAAUUUGCAAAAUGUAAAUUUUGCUGGCCUCUUGUGUGUUAGAAGUUAACAUGGCAUGGAUUGUUCGGCCCUUUACAUGCUCGCCUGGAAUCUAAUAAAAAACAGGGAUAUGACGACCAGCUCGUGGUUAAUAGUGAGUGAAUUUUAGUGGUUAAUGCAAUUCUAGAAAUACCUGUACUGUAUACAGUUUAGCAGUAAUAUGUGAGGUUGGAUAUCUCUGAAAAUAAGAUGACAAGAGAAUUUUAGUGACUGUAAUUCAUCAGUAUGUCAUGAAGAUAAAUCCAAAAUGAGGUUGUGAAAAUAUAAUGCAGUUUUCAAGGUAUAUGCAGAGAGCACUAUGCAAUACAUUAAUGCAGUUAAGGUGUCAGUAUAUAGCCAUGAUGGUGAGGCAGAUAGUAUGGUGUCAGCCUGGCAGGUUGAUGGUGGUGUUGAGUAUGGUGGUGGGUGUGAUGUUCCUGGUGGGGAUGUGGCAAAACCUUCUUACUGCACACACAGUCAACACUCCAUCUCCUCUCAGUGUCAAUCCACUUUAUCCAUCCCGCAUUCCACUAAUGGACUUGCCAGACUUCACAUAUAUAAUAAAUAAUGAUGUGUGUGGAAAAGAAGAUGUUUUUAUAACAGUAAUAAUCCACACUCACCCAGCUAACAGCAUAGAGCGUGACAUAAUGCGGCAGAAUGUUCCAUCAGAACACCUAAGGGACCUAGGAAUGCGUAGAGUGUUCCUACUGGCAAGGGCAGAGUGGCAAGAUCAAAAGUUAUACCAAAAGACGCCACAGUGGAGCAUAAACAAAGAAAACAUGGAGUAUCAUGAUAUAAUACAGGGUAAUUUCAAGGAACACUAUCACAACCUUACUUACAAGCAUAUCAUGGGACUGCAGUGGGCCACAAAUUAUUGCCCACAAACAAAGUAUAUUAUAAAAAUGGAUGAUGAUAUAGCUGUUGACCUGUACCAGUUUCGUGACAGACUCAAGUAUAGGUUUGAGGACAGAGAAAAUCUGAUUCUAGGACUGCUGCAGGUUGAAGCCAAACCAGUUCGAAAAAAAGAAAGCAAAUGGUAUGUGAGCCUGGAGGACUACCCAGAAAAAUACUAUGCCCCGUUCAUGUCUGGAUGGGCCUAUGCUAUGACUGUUGAUGCUGCCAGAGCCAUUGUGGAGGAGUCUCACAGGUGGCCAUACUUUUGGAUCGAUGAUGUCCAUGUUACAGGAACACUAGCUGAGAAGGUUGGUGUGAAGCGUGAGGGUCUGAACCGCUUCUACACUCUCCAUGUUGACCAUUUACACUGCUGUGUUGAGCUCCCGAAUAGUGCUGAUUAUUACUGUGAUUUCUUGGCUGGCCCAUCAGAAGGUGACCCAGAUGUGUUAGUUAAAGUGUUGAGUCAUGCAAGGUCGUGUUACGUAGACCCCUGCCAAAGACGCCCCCCAGAGGCUAGCGUGACCAAGACAUGCGUGAGAGCCAAAAUUCCCCCCUUGGCACCGUUAGGUAAAGGCCAUGGGGAAAUUGUAAAAAUUACAUAGACCAAAAAUUUAGAUAUUAGUUUUAAGUGACCAUUACUAUGGACUGAUUAUUUAUUCAGAAUUCCAAUUAGUAAUCUUUGAAAAGGAAGAACUAUACUGUGCUCAAGGAAUCUUUAGUGUACUCACAUUUUAUUUUUUCUUACAAAGAAUGUAUGAUGUCACCCUAAAUUUAAAGUGAAUACUGUAUAGUCUUGUUGAGUUCCAUGCAUAGUAAAGUUGAAUAGGUAUACUGUACUGUAUGAUGAAGCUCAAGUAUAACUGGGACUGUUGUGUUCAAUACUGUACAGUGUAAUAUAUAUUGUACAUGAUAAAAUUCAUGUCUAGCAAAGUAGUCUUAUUAAUAAUAUUUUAUCAUUUUGUUUAAAAGUACUUGUUGAGGAAAAAUGGAUUUGAAAACAAUCUGCAAUUUUUGUUUGGGUAAUUACAGGGGCUAUAUGAAACAGAAGUACACAACGUCAGUUUACCACUGAAUGGUUCUGGCAAAUGAAAACAAACCAUCACUGAACUGUUGGAUUUUAACGUGAAUGAAUUAACAGAGCAUCACUAUUUCCAUUUUUUUUUUCUUGGCAGCACUCAAUGGUUCACGUACUAAAAUCAGACAGUUCAAUAAUAGUUUGUUUUUAUUUGUCAGAAGCAUGUAGUGAUAUAAGGCAAUAGCAUGUUUGCAACUUCAUAAGAGAUUUCGAAAUUUAUUCAAAUAAAAAACUGCAGGUGAUUUUCCAAUUCAUUCAUCAUUACUAAACACUUUUAUAUAAGUAAGGCAAAACACUGUACAGUACUGUACUGUAUAAUAACCCAUUACUGUUUGUAAACUGCUUAUUGUAUUCAAAAUUAAUGCCUAAUUUGUUUAAAUCUAAUUUUUAACAUACUGAACUGUAUUAAAAAUGCUGUGUGAUGGAACUUUCAUUGUAUGCCAUGAACUGUUGGUUAGGGGUUCAUAUUAGCAGUUUAAAGUUGACACAAGUGUUUUUUUGUAGCUUGUAUGUGUAAAGAUAUUCCUGAUAUGUUUUUAGGAUGUGGCAGCUGAGUGCAUUCAGUGUUCAACAUCCUUCUCUAGGGUGCUGAGGACAAACAUUUAGUAGGUAGCUACCAAACAGGGAGGUACUACUGCCUGGGAAGAUAUUGGAAGCAUAAUGUGUUGCCUAAUGGUAGACCCUGCUGCCAUAUGGCAUCACGAAA